AUGAGCUCCAACCCAAAAUCCUACUUGAUCGUUGGCGCUGGUGUCUUUGGAAUUUCAACAGCUUAUCAUCUUAUUAAGAAGUACCCCAAUGCGUCGGUGACGGUGGUUGAUCGGGACGCCUAUGAUGCAGAUAGUCGUGUAGCCGCCUCUUGGGAUUGGAAUAAGGUCAUUCGCGCAGACUACGACGACAUCGUUUACUGUCAGUUGGCUCUGGAGGCACAAGACAUUUUCCGCACUGAUCCGCUAUGGCAACCUUAUUUUCACCAAACCGGAAUAUACUGGAUGUGUCGAAGCGAUUAUGCACAAGAUGUUAUUGACAACUACAAGAAACUCGGGCGCAAGGCUGACCUCUCUGCCGUACCGAUCGACGAGGCCCGUAAACUCUACGGCGGAGUUUUCGACAACGCAGAUUUUACUGAUGUCAAAGAGGUGUUGGUCAAUAAAACAAGCGGCUGGGCAGCUGCUGGAGAUGCCCUGCGAGCAGUGACUAAAAGAUCAUUGGAACUUGGUGUCAAGUACGUCGUUGCUGAGGCUUCAACUUUACUGUUUGAUGGCCGAGGAAACUGCACCGGUCUUAAAACGACAUCAGGACAGGUUUUAGAGGCGUCGCACACUAUCCUCUGCACCGGCGCUUACACUUCAAAGCUACUGGAGCUGAGUGCAUAUAAAAGUGGUAACAAUAAUCUUCGAGCUGGCGAGAGAAUCUUGGCCGGCGGAAUCACCACAGGCAUGACGACACUGGAUGAUGCCUCAUAUGGGCAGUAUGCUAAGAUGCCUGUCGGUAUGCAAGGCUACACGGCAGCGCAAGGUAGCCCCUUCAUGGGCAGCCUUCCACCUACUAAGGAUAAGGAGCUGAAGUGGUGGGGACGGACAAUCUUCAGUAACUGGAGAGAAGUUGUUCCCGGUCGUCUAAUCUCAAUGCCACCUGCCGAAUCUGAUUAUUCACAAUGGAAUGUCUCCAGAAAACUAAAGGAGGACAUCGACUAUGCGAAUCGUUUGUUCUAUGGCAAAAAGGGUGCAAACUGGAAGAUGGAGAAAUUUCGCAUCUGCUGGGACGCCUUCACAUCCAGCUCGGACUUCAUCAUCUCCCCUCAUACUGCCUCAAAAGGCCUCUAUAUCGCAACUUGUGGCUCGUUCCACGGCUACAAAUUCUUCCCAGUGUUGGGCAAGUAUAUCGUGCAGAUGUUGGAGGGCACACUACCCCCAAACCUAAGCGAUAAAUGGGCCUGGGACAGAGAGCGCCCGGAUCCGGCGUUGAACCCAGAGUAUCCCAGAGCAGAGAUGAAAGACAUGCUCGAUCCAGUCAGGACUGCCAAGUUAUGA